AUGUCAUCUAUUCACUCCAGAUCAUCAUCAUCCUCAUCUUCCCACUCAGAAUCAACCAAUAAUGAAUCAUUAGUCGAUUCUCUUGACUCUAUGAAUACUGAAGAGCACAACGAGUUAUAUGAUCACAGACAACAUAAUGAUAUUAUCGCAUCGCAGAUUGAAAAUAAUAAUAUUGAGGUGAAUUUGAAGGAUGUUAAUGACUCUGAUGUUAUUGUUGAUAGUGAUGAAGCGGAUCCCAACAUGAGAUUUAUCUCCGAAGACCUAAAAACGAACGUAGGUGCUGCUGAUUCAAUGAGAGUUGAUGCUAUAAACCAGCAUAGAAAUUCACCAUUAAUGACACCUUCCCAUCGUCAUGACAAUUUCAGUGCCUUACCAAAACCUGCUAUUGGGCAUAAAAGUGGGAAGACUCCUCCAUCGAACAAAAAGUCUGGUAGACACCAUGUAUCAGGGGGACAAAAAAUUAGCAAACUUGACAGUUCUGAUCCAUUUUCCUCAAGAACAGAUGCAACCAUUGCACAACCAGGUAUCACUAUUUCUCCAUCGGUCAGACCACGUCGUCAAUCUAGAACCCAAUCAAUUUCUGAAAAGAUGCACUCACAGGUGAGCAGGAAUAAAACAAGAACCGAUUCGUUUACCUCAUCUAAUUCAGCAAAUCCUAUCCCAUUAUUGGCAAGGUCCUUAUCCCAUAAAUCAGCAGAAAACAGAACGGGUGAAAAAACCAACCAACCAGUAGGAGACGGUGCUAUACCAACUUCUAGAAGAAGAGAAUCGUUUGAUAGUGACAACUCCCAAGCAUCUGGUGAGAGCCAGGAAACUGAGGAAGAUGUCUGGUUUCCAUUGUCACCCCAAUUACAUACACGUAUAAACGGUAUUGAUUUUGAUGAGCUGGAAGAGUUUGCUCAAUCACAAUCUGAAAGGAACGCUAACUACUUGACUACGAUGGCCACAGCUCCCGCAGUUGGAAAUUUUAAUCCAAACGGUUUAGGUUCAACUUCGACAUCUACAUCUGUCUCUAUGUCAUCAGCUGCCCUGAAGUAUACUCCAAGACCUUCUGCUCAACAGCAAGUAAACUCCUCUAGCUCAAAUGAGAAUCCAUUAUUUGAACAAUCUCAUGUUUUACAAGACAACAAAAAGGAUGAAGCAGUAGGUGUUUCAUUUGGUAACAACAAGAUCGAAGGUGAAUUUUUCGAUGAAAAACCAAUGAAAUUUGAAGGUACUCAACUACCAUCUAGUACCAGGUCUGAAAUUGAAUUACAGACCGUCAGUGGUAUUAUGCCUUAUAACGGUGUACCAUAUGUCGCUCCAGAUCGUUUCUCCUUCUUCAAUUCGAGCUCUGAAGAGACUGUUCAUUCUACUGAUAUCCCAUCCUUGGUUUCGAAGGGACAAAGCUUCUACGACUUAUUUAAAGGUGGCCAACCAACUUGGUGGCUUGAUUGUUCAUGUCCAACGGAUGAUGAAAUGAGAUGUAUUGCUAAGGCAUUUGGUAUCCAUCCUUUGACAGCUGAAGAUAUUAGGAUGCAAGAAACAAGAGAAAAAGUCGAGUUAUUCAAGUCUUAUUAUUUUGUUUGUUUCCAUACUUUCGAAAGCGAUAAAGAAUCUGAAGAUUUUUUGGAACCAAUAAAUGUUUACAUCGUUGUCUUUAGAUCCGGUGUUAUCACAUUCCAUUUUAACCCAAUUUCUCAUCCAGGUAAUGUCAGAAGAAGAGUUAGACAAUUAAGAGAUUAUGUUGACGUUAAUUCUGAUUGGAUUUGUUAUGCACUGAUCGAUGAUAUUACCGAUAGCUUUGCUCCAGUCAUCCAGUCAAUCGAAUAUGAAGCCGAUGCUAUCGAGGACUCGGUGUUUAUGGCUCGUGAUGAAGAUUUUUCUGUCAUGUUGCAAAGAAUCGGUGAAAGUAGACGUAAGACUAUGACUUUGAUGAGAUUACUAAGUGGUAAGGCAGAUGUUAUCAAAAUGUUUGCAAAGAGAUGUCAAGAUGAAGCAAAAGGUAUUGGUCCAGCUUUAACUUCUCAAAUCAAUAUUGCAAACUUACAAUCCAAUUAUAACGCCAAUGCUAAUGUCAAUCAAGCUAGACGACCAGGUGGUGUAAACCAUCAUAAUGCUGCAGCUAUGGCCGCCAAAACUGAGGCAAUGAUGAAUAAUCGCAUGGCCAGUCAGCCCAGAGCUGAAAUCGCCAUGUACUUGGGUGAUAUCCAGGAUCAUUUACUGACCAUGUAUCAGAAUUUAGCAGCAUACGAGAAGAUUUUCUCUAGAUCCCAUUCGAAUUAUCUAGCUCAAUUGCAAGUCGAAUCAUUUAACUCCAACAACAGGGUCACUGAAAUGUUAGGAAAAGUCACCAUGAUUGGUACGAUGUUAGUUCCUUUGAACGUUAUCACUGGUCUUUUUGGUAUGAACGUUAAAGUGCCAGGUGAAGGUGUAGGUGGUUACGCUUGGUGGUUUGGUAUUCUUGGUGUUUUAAUAUUCCUUGCCAUUUGCGGUUGGUUUGCAGCCUCUUAUUGGGUGUCACGUAUUGAUUCACCAAAGACUCUAAACGAGGCUGCAGUAAGCGGUUCUAAGUCUAUCAUUACAAAUUUCUUACCAAGAGGUUACCGUAACCGUUCUGCUAGAGAAGCCCAAAACCGUAAUAAGAACUCCAACAGAUCCAUUGCCAGUCUUCCGACCAGAUACAGUGGUUAUCAAUGA